AUGUCGGUGAAGCGCGGCGCCGGCGCCGGCAGCACCGGCAAGGCGUUCGUGGGGCAGAUCUACGCGGCGCUGCAGGCUUCGAGUCGGUCGACGCCCACGAUCAACGGCGUGGACUGCUCGCGUCUCUGGGUGCAGGGUGUCGUGGUCGCCACGUCCGAGGACCGCAGGCAGUGCACAAUAGACGACGGCACGGGCGUCUUGCGCCUGGAGCUCAAGGUUUUCCUUAAGAACGCGCCUCCAGGGGUGGAUGCACGGCCGCAAUUGGGAGACUACAUCAUGGCGAUCGGUCCCAUGCAGAAGAUGAAGGCGGACGCUGCGGGCUCCGUUCGCACCAUGCUGGCUCAUCAGGUCGUCAACCUUGACGCCAAGCUGCAGCGUGAACCCAUGUGGUUCCUGGAAGUGGUCGAGUACUGGACGUCGGUUGCCGCCACCACUGCAACAAGUUGA